UCAAAAUUAAACCACUCUGCCGCCCUCUGCCUAUAUAUAGUCUCCCAACACACACAACAAAAUCCAGCAAACUAAUUAAACCUCCUGCACACCUUCAUCCCACAGGAAAACCAUCAUCGAUCGAUCAAAAAUACCAAACAUGGAGAGCAGAAGCGUUAGUUUGACUGCACUGGCAAUGAUGCUAGCGCUGUUCCUCGCCGCCGCGGCCGGCCCGGCCCAGUGCCAGCCGUCGUCGGUGGCUGAUCCGGGCAGCUCCUACAAAGGGCACAAGGCGUGCGACCCAAUGUGUUUCGUGAAAUGUGUGAUGUCCGGAGGGGACAUCAACUGCUUCGGCACCUGCAUACUGCAGUGCCUCUUCCCGACCACCGGCGGAGAGCCCGACCGCACCGACCCCCAGGCCUCCUGCAUGGCCGACUGCGCCGUCCCCGCCUGCGCCAAGCUCUGCACCAAAGCCGAACCAUCUCCAAGGGAACGGAACUUUGCCUGGAGUCUUGCGGAGACCACUGCGCAGACGUGAAGAAGCAAGGGAGCGGAACUUCGCCAUGAAUUGAACAUCAUGGUGGCGCGGUUCAUCAAUGGCGGGGGAUGGACCGUCGUUGAAAUUAAGUUCGACGCUUUGUAAUCUUUCACUACAGUAAGAGAUGGGUUUAAAUAAAACGGACACUCAAAUUUACGAAUGAAGUUGGUGUCCAUAUAAUAAUGCAAUUGAUGUAUCGGUUCCAUAUUUCAAUAUAUAUAUAGUUUAAUAAAUGAAGUUUUUUAAUA